AUGAGGGGACCCAUUUAUGCUGGCGAGAGAUGGUCCUCUCCUUGGCUCCACCUCCGCCAAAGUGGAUCGUCCAUUCCCCGUGUCCACAACGGUCAACACACCACGCGACAUCAGCUUCAUCAGAAUGCGACGGGUCAAGGACGUCCAGUGCCAGUCCCAGGUCCUUCAAUCUCCCAUUCUCUCUUCAUCCCAUCCAAGCUGGGCAAGCAUCAAUGGCGGCUCAGAAGACACGUUGCUCGUCCGUACCAUUCUGGAAACAACCGUCUCCAUGCGAGCGUCGUGUCUGCCUACGAAGCCAACCGGGCGACUCCCUCAGGGCAGGUGCACCGAUCACCAUCAGCAGACACUUUCGAAGAAUGGGAGUCUCCCCAGCAGGAGCAGGAGUACGCAACCCGAUUCUAUCAUACCCUCCAAAAUGGACAACCAGACCAAGUCAUGAAGGCGAUGACUGAUCCACGGUCGGCGGGGCUGGUCGGCACGUUACCCCAGACCGUCUUCCUGGCGGCGCUCCACCUCCUCUCCCCGGCCCAUUUUGUGGAUCCCGUCCGCCAUCUCCACCACCCCUUACACACCUGGGCCGUGCUGGUCCACGGACUGAAGCGAAUCGAGGAGGUCUUUGACACUUUUGUUCAGAAUCUCUUCACCGUGAUCGGAUACCGCACCACAUAUGGCGGUCAAAGACUGGGCUUGGCCGAAUUCACCCACAUUCUGGACUGUGCGCGGGCCAUGGGCAAUGGCAACUUGGCCGACCAGGUCUGGGCAACGAUGAAAGAGACGCAAGUGGUGCCCAACGCCCUGUGCUACACCCACUAUAUGGAAGCGAAGAUCUGGGAUCACUGCUACACGGGAGCGGAGGCCUAUCGAUUGCGUGUACAACCCAAGGCGUAUCGAAAGCGGCGUACUCGGGAGCCGAAGAUCGGGUGGCAGGGAUUUGGCACCGCGCAACGAAGCGUGCGAAAGCUCGUUCUUCGUCUGUUUGGUGAGAUGCAGGCAGAAGGUCAUGCAGGCGACGAGCGAACAUAUAUCAAUCUGUUGCUAGCGGCGGCACGCGUCGGCCAUUCUCGGGCCAUGGUACACAUUCUGAAGGAGGUGUGGAACGUGGACGUGGAAGCGCUCAAGCAGGAGCCAGAUGAUGCCAAACUGCCACCCGUCACCAACUAUGACUCCUGGUCGGCUCUCUAUCCGACGGAGAACCUUCUCUUCGCCGUUGCGCAUGCCUUUGGGGUUAACAACGACAUUGCCGGAGCGGUUCGAACCGUCCAAUUCCUUUCCUCUUCCUACAAGAUGCCCAUUCCUGCCAAGGUCUGGCACGAGGUGUUCGAACGAGCCUAUGUGCAAUCUCGGGAGCGAUGGUCCGCGACGGAGACGACACGGAGUGAAAGAGACACGGAAUGGGCCAACACGGUCGGUCGAGUCUCGGUGGAUAUUGUGCAGUCCGUGUUUGUGGCAAUGACCUCUGAGCCGUACAACGUGAAGCCCACCAUGCAAGAGUGGCGCUUCAUGGUCAAUACAGCCAUCGGUACCGGCUCUUUGGAGGAUUGCAAAAGAUACAUCAACGGGGCCUACGAUCUCUUGGAGGAGACCCGGAAUAGACAGACGGAAGCACGCAAAGUCGUGUUGAGAUGUCUCAAUCCGGCACUCCAAGCGGCACGCCAGCAAAUGCGACAAGGCGCGCCCCAACCCAGCCCCGAGCUUUUUGAGUCUCCGAUACUCGCGGAAGCGAUUCGCACCUACGACCUCAUCCGUCUCGAGGCCUGGCAACAACUCUACCUGCUGCAACGCAUGCUCUAUGUCGUCGUUCGGACGCCCGGCUGGAAAGACAUUUCAGAGAAGCAGUGGCUGCUUCAAGAACGGCCACGCAUGCUCGAAGAAUGGGUGGAUUUCCUACCUAGCAAGAUUCAACUAUUGUAUAACAGCAACACCGGUCACAUUGACAUGAUGGGUCCCAAGGGCUUUGGCAGUCGUUCCUAUAAAGUGGACUCCCGAGAAGUGCCAGUUCGCCGACACACUGGCGGCAAGGACCUGUUCGACCCGGGCACGUGGCCGGCGUGGACUGAAAAGUCCAAGUGGGAGGAUCUUGCAAAGCGAUAUCCGUUCUUGGAUCGUACCGCGGCGCCAUUGGACCGCCUCUUCACGUUCCAGGUUCCGCAGUCGGAAGAGCUGUAUCACACUCUGUCUAAGAUGCGAGAUACUUGGACGGAAUAUCCGGAAGAUCAUGCAUUGUCUACGAAGAACAACCCCCACGGUGGAUUCUUCGGGCGCUUGGCGGCAUUGGAUAUGCUCAAGACUGAAAAGGGCAACAGCGUCUUUCUGCUGGAUGGGAAGUCUUGGAUUUAG